UCUCUGUCCAUGUGUCUCACCUGUCUCUUAGGUAUGUGGUGGGGACUCUGGAUCUCAUGGUUGCUGAAAACUAUGUAAUAGUUUAUCUUUGUGCUGGAGGACAGAAAGACAAACUCCCAGAAUUCAGCUGGCUCAGAGAGUGUUACACCACCAUCCACCACAGGCUAAGGAAGAAUCUAAAAGGUUUCUAUGUGGUUCAUCCAACCUGGUACAUCAAAGCUCUCAUCACCAUCAUCAAACCCUUCAUCAGCUCUAAAUUCAGCAGGAAACUGCAGUUUGUCGAAAACCUUCAGGGACUUUCACAGCUGAUUCCUACAGAACAGCUGCAGAUUCCAGACUGUGUCCAACAGUACGAUGAGAACCUGUCAAGGUGAAACUUCACCAUCAGGUGUUUUGUCGAGCUGCACUGCCGUGGUCCAGUAGGAGGCGCUUCAUUGUCACUAAUGUAAUGUGAAGAUCAAAGAUUUUCAUAAAUAAUUCUGCUCUGUUCACUUUGAUUGUUCUGAUGAUUAAAAAAGCCAUUUUAUUUUAAAUGUCUAGAUUCAUUUGAAAAGGUGUGAACUGAAACAAUUAAAUAAAUAAUAAAACUUUAUUCUACAUAAA